AUGCUUUUCAUACGAGUGUUCGUACGGGAAGUCGGCGCCCAGUACCAUUCGCAAGAUUCAGCGAACGACACCGUAUUACUAAAGGAACCGAGCGCCGGUUUUGCAGUUUCUAGUACGUUCGCGGCGAAUGCAACAGAGAGUUAUGAUCCGAUGGCAAAGAAGCUACUUAAUAAGGCUGGGGAGAUAAAGAAGAGAUCGAAAAGUUGUCUAAAGACCCAAGAAUAG